AUGGGUUUCAACACUUACAACCCUGCAGCAUGCACCAUCAAUCAAACCUUUAUUCGUGACACCAUCAACGCCUUCUCCGACAAGGGUUUUGCUUCGUUGGGCUACAACAUCUUUGGACUCGACUGUGGUUGGCAAGGCACUCAGCGUCAGAGCAAUGGCUCCAUCACCUACGACGCUGGCGGUUUCCCAGAUGGCAUACUUCCAUUGAGCAAACUUGCCAACAGCAAGGGCUUUAAAUGGGGCAUGUACACCGAUCAAGGCGUCAAUGCCUGCGAUACUGGAGUCAACCGUCCUGGUUCGUUGAACCACGAGAAGCAAGAUGCAGCUCAACUUGCCGGCUGGAACGUCGAGUACAUGAAAGUCGACAAUUGUUACAUCACCGCUGGAGACAAUGCACCCAAGGAUCCAAGGACUGACUUUCCAUCCCGCUAUGGAGCCUUCUCGGAUGCUAUUCAACAAGUCGGUAUUAAAGGCAUGCUUGUUUGUCAGUGGGGUACACCAUACUCCAGCCCUAGCGGCCUUCAAGGUCCUGCCGAGUGGACUCCUCCACUUUCGACAUCCUUCCGUGUCAGUGACGACAUUACAAAAGGAUGGGCCAGCGUCGCGCGUAUUUACAACGAAGCGAUUAACGUCAACCUCCGAGGAUUGAACGGUCCUGGGCACUUCUCGGACAUGGAUCUGCUCGAAGUUGGUGAGGAUGGCAUGACGACUGAUGAGCAAGCAUCACACUUUGCCAUCUGGGCCAUGUUCAAGAGCCCCCUCAUGAUCUCGACCAGAAUCUCAACCAUGUCAAGCUCUACGCAAGCAAUCCUGCAGAACAAGGCUUUGAUCGCGAUCAACCAAGACACUUUGGGCAAACCUGUCGUCUUGACCCAACGCUUCACUGGCGACAACGACCAGUUCGCCGGUCCUCUGGCAAACGGAGAUGUAGCUGUCCUCCUCGUGGAUCUGUCAAACGCCAAACGCAGUCUCGGUAUCAACUUCUCCGCCCUCAACAUCUCUUCCGCAACAGUCACCGACCUCUGGACCGGCAAAGUAGUGUCAAAUGCAAACAGCUACUUCACCACCGUCAACGGCCAUGGCUCCGUCGCACUCCGCUUGAGCAAUGUCAAGAAGACUACACCCACCGCACCCACUCUUCGCUACUACGAAGCCGAAGCAGCCAAGGUUGCAGGUAGCGCAGGAGUAGCAUCUUGCUCUGGCUGUUCAGGCGGCAAGAAAGUCGGCAACGUCGGCAAUGGCGCUGGCAACACCCUCACCUUCACCGGUAUUCGCACCAGCCAAGCUACACAAGACGUCCGCUUCGACUACAUUGAUUGCGAGAUCGGGUAUGCCUUUAGCGGAGGUUACGGUAACGUCAGGGGAGCGAGCAUCAGCGUGAACGGCGGAGCUGCACAAUCUGUCAGCUUCCCACUGACUGGCUACAACUGGGAUAAAGACGUGACAAAGGGAUUCUUGGUCAGAUUGUCUGGAUUCAGCACGUCGGGGGAUAACACCAUAUCUAUUUCGGGCUUGUCGAGUGUGUCGCCGUACGCGCCAGACUUCGAUAGGAUUGGUGUUGUUGCUUGA